CAGUGCGCAGGCGCGAGCUGCCGUCAGGUCGCUGGGUACGCCCUCGUGCCACCCGUCAAUAGGCCCUCCUGGAACAUUUCUCGGGGACUGCUGAGAGAGAUCGAUGGUGUCAUAAGUGUAAAGGUUGCAGUUUUGCCGUCUAAUGGCCGCUUGAUCCCAGGGACACCUCAGGGAUUACCAGCUCUCGGAACCUAAUGCCGGACGGCACGAUGUCGUCUGCUUUCUGGACUCGUCGCUUAGGACCUGAGCAAAGUGUUUAGAAUGUGUCUGCUGUGCAACGGUGAAGAUCCGGCGCUGCUGGUGUAACGGUGACUAUUUGGAAUACGACACUACUACAUGGGACAGAUCCACUUCAGUUCCCGGCACCACACAUCCAACCUUUUUCAGCGACAUUUUUCACAGAGGAAGUGUUCUAAUUCGUCAUUCGCAGAAUCCAUACCAGGUUCACAGAAAAACUGUUGAGCGCUUGUUAAAAAGUGUAUUUGUGGCAAGUCUCAUUUGCAGUGACAAUUUUUUUUAAAAAUAAGAAAUCAGAGAGUGUUUUUACGCUCCGUGCUCCGGUGCUACGUGCUUUGAGGACGACCUUUGACCUUUUUUGUCCUUGCCAUGCGCAGCACCAGUCGCCACCUCUCCAGGCGCUCUACAGGGUCGUCAGGCACCCGGGCACACGGUCCUCGUCACUGACACCCCCACCCUUCUUCUCUGCUACCUCCUACCCCUCCCCUAGUCUUAUCUCCCUGUGUCCCCCCGUUUUCUUUUUAACAGUUCCGGAAAACCAGUUUCACUCGCGAGUCAAAAUGUGAAGUCCGCCACCGGAAUCCACCCGCUCGAUAAGCCAGGAUCAUAUAGCCAAGUGAAAAAGUGAAAUAAAAAAAAGGCAACAGAGCGUGUCGUUGCCUGGCAAAACAACUGCAGCCAAUGGCAGCUCAUGGCUCGCACUACCGUAUCUUGUCCGAGGAACGAGAAGGGACGGGUGACUGGUAUCAUAAUUACAACGGAUACUACGAUUCUACCCGUGACAAAAAAACCGGAUGGACCUCGCCGUUCACCACUCCCCUCGACGGAUGCUGCCAUACGAAAAUCGAAUCCUCAUGAACGAGGAUGAGUAUGAUAACAAUUACGGGCGAUACGCGGGUGGCAACAACUACAACAAAAACUGGAGCAACGAACGGUCCAGGCCCGAGCACAGGGAUGCUGGGAAGGGUGGCUAUGAGCUGCCGGAGGGGCUGACCCCUCGUCGAACGACGUACCAGCCAUCCUUCCACGAGAACGGGGUGACGCCCAGACGGGUGCCCCUGUGGGAGCGAGACAAAGUCGACAACCAAAGACGACAGAUGGGUUUCGACACACCCAGGGUCAACGAGAACCAAAGUCCAAGGCCUGACGGUCUCAACAGCCCGAGGCGAGGCAAAGAUGAGAUUCCCAUUAGAGGGACGGACGAGGUGUAUGGUCGAGGAAUGGACGAUAAUAUGGAAACAAUUAGAAGAGAUGUGUACGAGACUUUGCGCGAGAGAAGAACAGGAGGUUGUCUGUUGUCCGAGAACGAUGUGCGGCACAGGUUGGACUACAGCAGGCAGCCAGCGUAUCCCAGCCCGCGCCAAGAUGCAGGCCUCGACCCUCGGAUGAUCAACGCAAAGGCGCUAGACAGAGAUGAACCACAUCAGGCGGGAGGUGCCUUCCUGUUCGUGCGAUUUCCCACUGGCGCGAGGUGAGAAUGUAACCGGGGUGGCCAAGGCCUGCAUCCGAGCCAAGACCUCUGACCUGGGCGGCCGCUUCGCUGGAAUCGCCAGAAAGGUGUACAGUUUCGGGUAUCCCCCAAGUCCAGACGAGGGCUGCGCCGUCUUCCACUUCCCCAGUUUGAAAAACGCGGAGGUCUUCUUCCACAGUGACCAGCGCUUCCGCCAGCCGGACUUCCCCCCGCCGCAAGGCCAUUCCGAGAUCUUUGCUCUCGGGCUGACGACUGACCCCAACCAAGUAUACAAUUACGCGACGUUCUUACUGUCGGAGGUCUUUCUUCACGGAAGUACAACCGUUGGGGACUACAUCACCAAGUUCAAGGAACCUUUCUCGAGCCUCCUCAUUCACAAGUACAAGGCUUUACCUUUCGUCGCUUUCUCCUUAGACAAGGACGACCGUAAGUCACUUCGCCGCCAUUACUUCGCUCCGAAAAGCAUCGUGACACUUCAUCUCUUUAGGAGCAUCGGCCAUCUGGAAGAGGUCAUGUCCGACGAGCGCUACACACAGCUUCGGGUGAUCCACAACAGCAUUGCCCAAGAAAGGUGCUGCAUUUUUACCAUCGACAGUGAGGCAUGUCCCUAGCUUCUUAGUCGCCCCGGGCUGACAGUCUGACAGCUAACUCAGGUCGAGGAUGCAGCAUCCCCGAUGUUAAUAACCUCGGUCAGUUUUUUCCUGUGCAUGCAUUGAUCAAAUUCUAGAUAUUAAUAAAUUUUAUUUUAGCUGAGGUCGUGACUUAGAACGUGUCGUAGUAUGGAAACCAACCAGUCUGCUUACAUUCUAGAAACCAUGACUACAAGCACCUAUAAAUUUAACUUUUAUUUAAAAGUAAAACCUUUAAAACCUUAUUGUAAAGGUUUUCUUUGUCGUUUUCGCUUAGUCAUUCUUUUCAUGUCCUUGUUGAGCUUGAUUGAAGAUUUGUAGGGUACCUUUGCCUCUCCAGGCAUGAGCAAUUGAUCAAAUAAACAUUCACCAUGGUAGACAAAGACACUUUUUUUAAAAUGCUCCUAGAGUCGAGUUUACUGUCUACAGUUGUCUGUUCCUGACAACAAGCACUAGAGUGUUAGCUAUAAAAUGUUCAUGUUACCAGCGCACAUUCUCCUUGUUUCUUGAAAUUCCUUUGGAAUAAUUUUAGUCGAUGUAUCAAGAAUAUACCAUAUCAAAAUGAUUUCAUUUUUUUGUGAUAUGACAAAUAAAAAAAUUUACCAAGAUGUCUCAGAUGCGUGUUUAAGUUUUACUCUUCAUUCCUUUUCAAGCACAAUGUUUGCUUCUUCAAACUUUAACAGUUUUAACACCUUUAAGUCGUCAUUCCUAUUUUUAAAAACAUAAUAUUUUUUAAAAUUCUAAGCCAUGAGAAGAAAAAGCAUAUCUGUGAUAUAUACGUCAUACAUAUAUGUUCACUCUGAAUAAGCUCCAUUGUAUUGCAUGACUUAUUAUCAUAAUUUUUUGUGGUAGAUCAUGUUUAAGUCAGUUAAUAUUUUCAUUGUCAAUUUCUAGUACAUGUAUUUAAAAAUACAAGUUGUUUUCUUCACACCUGAAGCUUUAGAAAUCUUAUUAGCUUUCAGUUAAAUCAUAAAUUUUGUUGUAAAACUUUUCAUAACUUGUUUUGGUAAUUUAUUUUUCUGACAUAGCAGGACAUUAAAAAAUCAAGACUAUAUUUGA